CACUUUAUUCUGCUCUGCAGCAGGCCGCGGCUGCCCCCGCUGGUUUCGAUGUUGCCGCGAUAAAAUACCGUACACAUACAUAUGACUUCCCAAGUUAACAUUACUCCUCUUUCCCAAGGGACCAAUCGCAUUUCUUCUCGCCAUUGGUUCGGGUUAGGCCAGCCGGUGGUUCCAGUUCCGUUUUAACACCAGCUGACGCGAAGGCGGCUUCAUAAAGUGUUGUUAAAGCAGCAGUGUCUGGGCUUCCGGUCCCGGCUUUUUUGUAACAGACCCUGGUAACCUCGCGAGUCGGUCCAUUAAUGCAGUUGCAACGGUGUGGAGUGGUGAUCGGUACUCCGAGACGAUCGAAGGAUUCGAAGCUAGGCCGAGAGCGAUUCCGAGAAAUGCGGCGUUUCCUCGUCGAAUCUGUGUAUGCUGACCCGUUGACGCAGAACUCUAUUGCUCGCAAUUCGCCUGCUGCUGGAUCAUCUUUCCUGGCACGUUAAGCAGUCGGGUGGCUUCUGGUCCGAAUGUUUCGUAGGUCCCGCAGCCCAGCUGCGAGAACCAGUAAUCCUGGGUGAUGUUGCAGUUCAAUGCGGUAUUUCUCGGUUUAUUUCUUCGUAUAAGUACGUAUUAGUACGAUACUGUACUAACAGUACUGUUUACCUGACUGCAGCUCACCACCUUGCGGGGGGUACCCUCGUGAAUGUUAUUAUAAUUGAAUCUGUCGCCUAUCGGCCAGUUUAGCAGGCCAUUUUUCGGAUUUUCCACCUAGCCACAAGCCACUCAUGCGUGUCAAGGUCGUACGUGUGCCGUAACAUGCGCUACGGAGUCAUAGACCAAAGGAAGGAUCUCUUUAUGGACUUAUGUGCCUGGUGCUAGUGCAACUUGUUUAUUGCAAGAUCUAACGAUUUCAUCAGUUCCUUCGUAACUUUUAACUUGGAAUCGCAGAAUCAGAUACAGUAGAGGAAUGGAAUGCAGCGCAGUCAUCUUCUAAAGCGGGAUGUUUGGAUUAAGCAAGAAGAAGGACAAGCAGAACGGCAAAAAGAAUGAUGCCAAAUCCGGGAAGAGCCGUCCCGAGAUCAGUGCACCGUCCAAUUUCGAGCAUCGCUUCCACACUGAUUUCGAUCCAGCCAAGGGGGGAUUCGUGGGGCUGCCGCCACAAUGGGCCAGUAUAAUCGGUGCAUCUGCGGACAACUCCGCUCGGAACCGCAAGAAUGUACUGCUGUACAGCACAUCCGAUUCCACCCCUCCCCCAACCACCACCGCAGCCGUCCCGCCGACCCUGCCUUCCAACGGUUACCACGCCCAACCGGGACCGGGACAGGUUACCCACCAUAAGGCCGCCAUUCGCCCUCCCCUCCUCCCUCCGGGACCGCGUGUCACCUUCUCGCCCGCUCUGCCACAGCGCGCUCUGAUCUCGCCGAAUACUUCCACACCACGGCCCCACUACGUCCGUAUUCCUGCAAAUGCGGCGCAGAACUGCGUACCGGUGAUCGCUGUUCCGCCCACUAUGCACGGCGGCUCGAGUACGCUGGAGUACCGUCGUAACGGUGCGCUUCCCACUCAAACAUUUGCGGAUGCGAGGGUUCCCUUACAGCAGCUCCACACGGUGGAUGGACGGAUGCGGGAGGGUCUCGGGGGACCCAAAGUAAGGGUUCCUCCCCCGUACAUGGACGCUAUUGCUGCUCAGGCGCAUCCCGGCCCCUUAAGUCCGCGUUACGUUCCGCCCAACACCGCAUUCUUCCCUCCAGCAGUCAACGGAACCCUGCCUCGUCCAGCUUCUAACGGGAUGGCUCCGCAUUCAACACCCAAUGGAAUGAUGCCGUAUCCAGGGCCAAACGGAAUGACGCCCCACCGACCGUCUGCCAACGGUGUCUCCAACGGCAAACCCGUGCCGAACGGGAUUCUCCAUGCUAAACCAGUAUUGGUCUAUCCGACCACGAUCUCUUCCUUGGUGCCGAUGCCGGCGGAACCGCGGAAAUCGCCCCAGUUGCCGCCGUAUCCGGAUACCUAUCCCCAUCAUGCGCGUAUGCCGCAGUCGCAGUCGGCGCACGCCAGUCUGGGCCUGCAGCCGCAGCGAACGGAAAUGCGCUUUGUGACGCCCGGUGGUGCCGUUCAUGAUAUGAAGCCGAUGUCGGAUCACCUGCCAUUGCCACCAUUGUCAUUACUGCAGCCGGAAGAAGAGAAGAAAGAGACGACUCAAGUGGGCAAGGUGUCACCGCCAAGACCACAGGAAGUGCCGAAAUUGCCGGUUGGUGGCACUGCGUCAGAACGAAUGGUGUCGAAUACGGCCAUGACGCCACAACAGAUGCUUUCGCAUGAGCAGUUUCGCGCUGCUCUCAGUUUGGUCGUCAAUUCUGAAGACCCACGGGAAAUCCUUACUGACUUUAUGAAGAUUGGAGAAGGUUCGACGGGAAUUGUCUGCAUCGCCAAGCAGACUGACGAGGACAACGGACGCAUUGUCGCCGUCAAACGGAUGGAUCUGCGUAAACAACAACGGCGCGAACUGCUGUUCAAUGAGGUCGUCAUUAUGCGCGACUAUCAUCAUCCUAACAUUGUGGAAAUGUAUGAUAGUUAUCUGGUUGAUGAUGAACUGUGGGUGGUGAUGGAGUAUUUGGAAGGCGGUGCUCUGACAGAUAUUGUUACCAGCAGCAGCCGAUUGGAUGAGGAGCAAAUAGCCACCGUUGCCUUACAAUGUAUUUCUGCGCUGGCUUAUCUGCAUUCUCAAGGCGUUGUACACCGGGAUAUAAAAUCCGAUUCAAUACUACUGCACAGCGACGGCAGGGUUAAAUUGUCCGAUUUCGGCUUCUGUGCACAGGUUAAUAAGGACACACCCAAAAGAAAGUCUCUCGUCGGUACUCCUUAUUGGAUGGCACCGGAAGUGAUUUCUCGUUUGCCGUAUGGUACGGAAGUCGACAUUUGGUCAUUAGGUAUUAUGAUUAUGGAAAUGGUGGAUGGAGAACCACCAUUCUUCAACGAACCGCCUCUACAGGCAAUGCGUCACAUUCGUGAUAUGCCGCCGCCUCGGCUGAAGAAUGUCCAGCGUGUAUCACCCCGCCUACUCAACUUCCUCGAUAUAAUGUUAGUGCGAGAUCCGGCCGAACGGGCCACCGCCCGAGAACUGCUGCAGCACCCAUUUCUUAAGCAAGCUGGACACCCCUAUUCACUCGUUCCACUGCUAAAUGCCGCCGUAGCUCAGCGGCUGCCCGAAACUCUUCAAGGAUUAUCCAUUCAGGAGCACGAGCACAAGACAUGUGCGGUGGCCAAUGGCCACUGAAAUCAUAGCCUAUUGGUGGUCCAUAGGAAUAGCUAUGGCGGAUUUAUUUUUGUAAACGCUUUUGCCUGUAAUCUUGUAUCGCCCUCUGUUGUUAGCCUGGUUUAACCGAGAUGUUGAUGAUCCACACGGUUAGUCUGCUGUCUUACUUAUAUCUCGCUUAGCGAAUUUUUUCUGUCUUUGGAAUUGUCCCAUGUCGGACGCUACUCUGAUUUAACUUAUCCUCAUGCUGUAGAUCUGCCGAGUUGCUCACUUUUGUAUGGCACGUUGCAAUAAGUUUAAUUUUUAGAUUUUGUACCCCGUAAUUUUUAGUUGUUUCACUUAAAUUCAGCCGGCGAUGCUGCCAAAUAAAUUCUU